AUACCGACUGAAGCCGAAGUGAAUCCCAAGGCCUACCCCCUGGCCGACGCCACACUUUCCAAAACCAUCCUGGACCUUGUGCAGCAAGCCUCCAACUAUAAACAGUUGAGGAAAGGGGCCAAUGAGGCCACCAAGACAUUGAACCGUGGUAUCUCUGAGUUCAUUGUGAUGGCUGCUGAUGCUGAACCACUGGAGAUCAUCCUCCACCUGCCGCUGCUUUGCGAGGACAAGAACGUCCCCUACGUGUUUGUGCGCUCUAAGCAGGCCCUGGGGCGUGCCUGUGGGGUCUCCCGCCCUGUCAUCGCCACCUCAAUCACCAUCAAGGAGGGCUCUCAGCUGAAGCCCCAGAUCCAGUCUACCCAGAUGGCCAUUGAGAGACUGCUGGUCUGAUCUGGUUGCUGCUCUGCUCUCUAUAGUAUUGGAUAGUCUAAAGGACUAUGUCAGGCAAUUUAAUUGUGUGUUCUUUUGGAUAGUUGAAUUGAAUUGUCUUUGGAAGAUACAUUGUAUUUUGUCAGGGACAUACUAUGUUAUGUAAUUUACUCUUGUUUUGUGAUAAUAAAACAUUUCUUUUUACUAAUGUG